CGAAAGUGUGGUUGUGACGCUCUAGAACCGCGCGCGUGCUUUUCCGACUUUUCUCUCGCUUUCGUCCCCCUUCUGCGAGAUUUUCCGGUGCAAUGGGAAAGAAAAACUCAAAACUAAAGCAGGAUACCAUCGACAGGUUGACUACGGCGACUUACUUCACAGAAAAGGAAAUACGACAAUGGCACAAAGGCUUCCUGAAGGACUGUCCCAACGGCCUUCUCACGGAACAGGGCUUCAUUAAAAUCUAUAAACAAUUUUUUCCACAAGGGGAUCCAUCCAAAUUUGCCUCACUAGUUUUUAGGGUAUUCGACGAAAAUAACGAUGGUUCCAUAGAAUUCGAAGAGUUUAUUAGAGCUCUUUCUGUAACGUCUAGAGGCAAUCUUGAUGAAAAAUUGCAUUGGGCGUUCAGGCUGUAUGACGUAGACAACGACGGUUUUAUCACCAGGGAGGAAAUGUAUAAUAUAGUUGAUGCUAUAUAUCAGAUGGUGGGUCAGCAGCCAUCAGAAGAUGAAAAUACACCGCAGAAACGAGUAGAUAAAAUAUUCGACCAGAUGGAUAGAAACCACGACGAUCGAUUAACCCUUGAAGAAUUCAGAGAGGGUAGCAAGGCAGAUCCCAGAAUAGUCCAGGCCCUCACUUUGGGGGGCGAAUAGCAUAAAGAAGAAAGGUCAGCGUCAACUGACCAAGUGUGACCUCAGAAAGUAUCGCCGCCAUAUUGAAUAUUCAUGUCCGAAAACUGUUGAGAAAGCUACGCAGGAAAGAUCGAGGGGUUGUUAAUUAUUUAAGAAGUUAAAAUUAUUUUUAUAUCGAUGUCAUAAAUUUAGGAUACAAAGUAUUUAUUAGAGUUGGGGUUUAGUUAGGCAGGGUAUCCCGGAAAAUAGUGCGUUCCUUAGAGGUACGUGCUGAAUGCACCAUUUAACAAAAAAGUCUUGGAAUAUUUUUUUGUAAAGUCAACAGUUUUCAAAAAAACAUUAAUUUUAAUCCGUUUGUUUAUUGUCCACAGAGAAGCAAAAACAGCCGGCAAAGUUGUACUCCUUCUUAUACUGCGUUAAAAUUACUGUGACUCAACUAUCAUGAAUCAGCGGUCGUAAGGCAUAGUAUUAUCAGGGGCGUGCGGUUCAUGGAAGCAAGGGAAGACGUGCGGUACCAACUGAGUAACUGAGAUUAUUUAAAAAAAAUUCAACAAACACAUAAGCAGGAUUUUAAGUUGCAUACGAGAAUAUUUAAUUAUGAAUACAAGCAGUAAGUAAUAAGAAAAGGCAAACAUAUUUUACUCUAUUUUUGUCAUACAGUAAAUAAGAAAGCAAUGAAAUACUCGUAAGCAGCGCUGCAUGCUGCAUAUUAUUUAGCUUUUGUUUCGUACACGGAUCCAUAUGCCAUGAUCGUAUUUCUACGUUGGUAUUCGGAGUCAUGUCGGCAGAUAAUCUGAUUUCAAAUUUGCUUCUCCUCAGCCUAUGUAAAAAUCACCGAGGUUAAACGCAGAGUGGCGAGUUCAAAUUUCGGGCAUAUCUAUCGGCUUAUAAGCAAUUUUGUCAACUGCAUACAAGGAGCUGUUUUUGUGAAUUUAAAUGGGAUUUACCAGCAUUUGACAAUGACGGGCUUCGUUGACUGAUCUUGUGGAAUUAUGAAGAUUGAUUUUAUUUAAUUAUUUAUAUAAAUAAAUAUAAUAUAGAAUUAUUUAUAUUAUAAAUACUAAAUAUUUAUAUAAAUAUAUUAUAAAUAUAAUAUAUAUAUAUUAGGGUUUUGGAGAAUGGCGAAAAUGUGAAA